GUGCCCUGUUGGAUUCAUCAAACCUACAAAGACUACGGCUCCAUCCCAAACCGCUGGCGCAAGAGUGCGCAGUCGUGGCAGCGCUUGCACAACCACUCAGCCUGUCGCUACGUUUUCUGGAGUGAUACCCGUCUGCACCGACUCGUGGCCACGCAUUAUCCAUCACUGUUAGCCACCUUUGAAGGGUAUCCACGCGUGAUCCAGCGCGUCGAUGCCGCUCGUUAUAUGAUUCUGCAUCGUUAUGGUGGCAUUUACGUGGAUCUUGACAUCGUGGCUACGGCACGUCACGACCCUCUCCUGGAACGAGCUCGUGGUCGCAUGCUCUUCAACCAGGGCAUGACGGCGGGCGUCUCCAAUGACAUGAUGCUGGCACCACCCGGACACCCAUUUUUGGCCUUUCUGUUGGAACGCCUUAGGCCCCACGCUCGGGAUUAUCUUGUUCCGUACCUUACAACGCUUCUCUCGGCGGGAUCUCUAUUCUGCACGGCCAGCCUGGCCGCCUAC